AAAUGAUUAGCCAUCUACAAAUUACAUACUAACAAAACGAACUAGUAAGCUCAUCAGUGAUCAAAUACUACUAUUUAAUUAACCAAUCAAAAACUUCGAUCCAUGUAUUCUUUAUAUAUAUACAUAUAACUUAAGAUGAAUAGAUUGAAUUAUUUAUCAAUCUACCAAAUCAAAUUAUCUUACAAUCAGUCAUUAUUAUACUUUAUAGAGUAUUGAAAUACCUCAUUUUAUAUGCUAUUACUAUUUAUUUGUUAUAAGAUAGAUUUUCUCAAUUACCAAAUGUCAAUCAUCUUACAAUGAGAAUGUUUCUUUUAGUAACAACUUACAAGGCAUCCUUAUAUAAAUGAUCAUAAUGAAUAUAAUUUCCCGGAGAUUAUUUAUUAAAAAAUUACAUUAUAUUUGUUUAUUUAUUUUAUUUGUAAUUAUUAUAUUUAAUAAAACUAUUAAUAAUAAGAUAGAUAAUUUGUCAACAUUACAUAAUAGAUCAUUGACAUAUCAGAACAUAGAUUUGGAACUUAUCAAAAUUUGUGAAACAUUUUUAAAUAAAGAACCAAAUCAAACAUUAGCUAAACAAUAUCAAUAUUAUUCAACAAAACAACAUUUAUUAUAUCAAUGGAAAUCAAUAAAUGAUUGUAAUAUUUUUCGUGAACCCCUUAAUUAUUUAUUAUGGAUGAAUAAAGAAGAAUUAAAUUAUCCAUUAGGAUUUGUAUUUACAGUUUAUGAAAAUAUUGAACGUAUAGCACGUUUAUUACGUCUUUUAUAUAGACCAUAUAAUUUAUAUUGUAUACAUGUAGAUCGUAAUACAUCAAAUGAAUUUUAUCAAUCUAUAAUUGAUUUAGCUAAAUGUUUUGGUAAUAAUAUUGAAAUUAUUCAACGUUCACAAAGUGUAUCAGUAAAAUGGGGAUAUUUUUCUGUGCUAGAUUCAUUUCUUAAAUGUACUCAAAUUAUGUUGAAUAAUACAAAAAUUCAAUGGAAAUAUGUUAUGAAUAUUAAUGGUAAAGAAUUACCAUUACGUAGUAAUUGGGAAUUGAUUAAAGCAUUGAAAGCUUUAAAUGGAGCUAAUAUCAUUGGAUGUACAAUAAAAAAUGGACCAAAGAAAAGAAUUCCUAGAAGAAAACCAUCAUUCAAUGUAACAUGGAUAAAAGGAAGCUUUCUAGUUGCACUACGUAGAGAAUUUGUCAGUUAUGUACAUAUGAAUCCCAAUUCCAUUGAAUUAUUAAACAUUCUCAGAGAAGAACAGCAUUUAAUGAAAAUACCAGAUGAAAUGUUUUUCAGUACAUUAGCUUAUAAUCCACAACUACUUGCCCCUGGUGCUUGUAAAGAAUUUUAUCCACCUAAUGAAAAUGAUAAUCAUUCUACUUUCGUAUCUCGCUAUGUUAUUUGGAAACCAAAAAGAUGUGCUACCGGUAAAAGAUAUCAUACAAUAUGUAUGUUAGGUGUACAACAUUUAUACAAUUUAACAAAACGUCAAGAGUUUUUUGCUAAUAAAUUUUAUAAUGGUUUUUAUGAUUCAGCGUAUGAUUGUCUUGAAUAUUGGAUAUUGAAGAAAAUGAUGAAUGAACAUUUAACGGGUAGAUUAGAUCCAACAUUUAAUCCACAAUUCUAUGCUGAGCUACAUUGUUCAAAAAAUCAUAUAUAAUACCUUCAAUUUAUGUUACUCUAUUUCAUUAUUUGUGUAUUUGUUUGAAAAAGCUGUGAACUUUCAAAGUAUUUUUAUUGCACUAUUCUCUGUUUAAAAUAUCACUUGUGAUUUCAAAGACACUCGGUGUGUCGUUCAGCCCCCCUACUUGAACAUAUCUACUAAUUAUUUGAAAUUUCCGUUCACUGUGCAUUGAAAAUCCACUCAGUUGUGCAUCAUUCUAAGUGCUAUUGUACUGAACAGUAUGUUAUUUUUGAACGUAAUCUAUUCAAUUCUAGUUUCGAAAGUGACUUUAUUGCACUUGGAUAUUAAAAGUAAAUGCUCUAAACUGCAUUGAGAAACAAUAAAUUUUAUUCUUUUCGUAAACUUCAAGUACUACAUAAUUGAGAACUACUUAUGGUGACAAUCUGUGUGCAAAUGGUCAGAUGAAAUAUGCACUUACUGCACAAUGAAUUUACAGACAUAUGAUACAAUGACUUAUGCCAUGACAGUAAAAAAGAACAUCCUUUACAUUAAAACAAUGUUCAUAAAACUCUGAUAAACUACAACUUUGAAAAAAAACCCAGAAAAUGAGAGAUUACUUUUGACGAUGUGUUGUUCUCUCUCUGUAUUUCCUAGUUUAUUGACUAAGUUUUAAUUAUUGUUUUGUAAAGCAUCACUGAAAUAAGGUCCAAAAAGGCCGGCUUCAUAUAUUUUACAAUAGACGACACCACAUACCUAUCUGUCAAGGUUGAUAAUUAUUGUCCUAAUCAGAUAUUUUUUGUUCUAUUUUUUUUAAACAUCAGUGUCAUUUGAUUGACCACCGAUCUAAUGAUUAUUUCCUCCUUUAUAUUCAUUAAAACAAUAAAUGUAUAUUAAAAUAUAUUUAUCAAUCUAGAUAAGUACAGUGGCCACUUUGUAGUUUGUAACACUGGCCAUAUUCACUGCAUUACAUGAAAGCAUCACUGGUGCAGCUAAUCUAUCUCAUGUUAGUCAGUGUACUG